AUCGCCUGCGUGCUCUUCCACAAGCCCGAGGCCCGCUGGCACAGCGUGGCGAAGGAGCUGAUGAUUGCCCUGGGCUUUGGGGGUGGUUUUGCAAACUGGACGAGCAAGGUGCUGCAGGACAUACCCUUGGCUUCGGAUGAGGGGGAGCGCGGCGAGGUGGCUGCUUGGCUCUACGGCUUCGAGACGGCGGCGCGUCUCUACCACGUGGCCGUUUUUGAGCUGCUGCCACAGAAGGCCAAGGACUGGCACACGGAGCAGGGCCGCUCCACUGCCUCGGGGGCCUUGCAGAUGGAGAAGAUGGCGGCGGCAGCGGGCAGGGUCUUUAACAACCACCAGCACGACGGCAUCGGGGCCCUCAUACUUGGACGGGCAAGGGCAAACACCGUGGACUUUGCAAAGCUGGCGGCGGCGCAGACCACCUACGAAAGCUUCGAGAAGGGAGGCUUCUGGCUGGUGCAAAACCGGGACGACUUGGGCCAGACCGUGGAAGACUUGAUGUGCAAGAUGUGCGUCUGGCAGGCCCGCAGAUGGCGGACCUUGACGGCGACGAUCCUCUUUUGCGACGGCAUGCUCUACGAUUUCAAGGCGACCAAGCUCUUCGAGCACAUCCUGGCUUUCUUGAAGGAGCAUCUGGAGACGGGGGUGUGUCUGCUCAAGGCCAGCGAGAAUGGCAAACAGGUCAUCGAGUGCUUCGAGAAAUUGGAGCAGGACGGGUGCGAGAUCCUCCGCCACAUGAAGGUGUACGGGGACUGGGACUCCGUCCUUUACGAGCUGCGUCUGAUGACCAGGGCCAUCUCCGCGACGCCGCGGUUCUGCGAGAUGUACUACAUCUGGGGAAGCCAGGAUUCCGGGAAGGACACCAAGGUGAAGAUGUUGCACGCCUUCCUCGGUCACGGCAAGGACAACUACGGGGUGCAGCUUCCGGGAAACUAUGUGGUGCAACAGACUCGCUACCUGACCGCGAAGGACGGACCCGCGCCUUACCAUGCAAGGACUCUAGGCAAGCGGCUGGCCUGGGCCAGUGAAGUCCCCGAGCGCUACUCGUUGGCGGAUGACUUCAUCAAGCCCUUUUGUGACAUGGAAGGUGCGCCAGUCUGCAGCAGGAAGCUCAACAAGGGUCCCCGGGACUUCAUGCCUACGGCUUUGCUGGUGGCAACAAGCAAUCACCCUCCCCGUGUGACUCGACCGGAUGGGAUGCUGCGGCGGCUUCGAGUCUGCCAGAUAACGGUCAGCUUCACCUUGAAGCCGUCCAUGGCCACCGAGGAGCGAGCCGUGGAUGGCCUCAAGACCCGGAUAAACCGAGGAGAGUUCAACAAGUACAUCUUCUUCCUUGCGGCAAAUCUCGUGGACUCGUUGGAGAUGGAGUACAACCCAGGCACCGAGAUCAAGCCGCAGCCACCGGAGAUGAAGAUGAGCGCCAUGGACCUGGUCCCAUGUGCAGACAAGGACGAGGAGGCCAAACCCGAGGCCUUCAUGGCAGAGAUGUGUGAGCUGGUGCCCUUGAAGGAAGCAAACCUCCACACGGAGCUGACGAUGGCGCUGAAGACCUACCUCAGCCUGGACACCUUGGGCGCGGCAAAGAGCGUGAUCUCGAAGUUGGGGAUCAAAGGGCAAUCCUAUGGCCCGCGGUACAUCUCCACCCUCAAGCAAAAUGAGCGCAUGGUGGGUGUGAAGCUCCGAUCGGCAAGUAGCUCUUAG